UAUGGAGAAGAAAAUUGUAUUCUCUAUUUUUCUAUUAUAUUUGAUAAUUAAAGAAGGGGAAAGCCUUUUAUGUUAUAGAUGUAAUAGUAAUCAUCCUGGGUGUGGCACUCCAUUAAAUUGGUUAUGGUAUUGGGGAGAAUCUUGUCCUGAAUAUGAUGACAAAUGUGUGAAAAUAAUUGAGAGAAAAGGGGCUGAAACCAUUAUUACAAGAGAAUGCUUGAGUUCUGUACGUAGUUUCAGAACAGAUAUGCCAGCAGAUCAUUAUGAAGGAUGUCGUCCUGCUGCAAAAGAUCUUCGUUUAGGACAUUAUGUAAACAAUAGUAUACAUCAAUUAGAUAUCCAUAGAGAUUAUUAUGAUGAGGUAACAUGGUGCUUUUGUUAUUUUGAUAACAGAUGCAAUAAUGCUAAUAAUUACAAUAUUUCUAUCCUAUUGUUAGCUAUAUCAUUUAGUAUUGCAGGAUAUUUUGCAACAUAACAAUAUUAUCUUCAUAGAACAUUGAUAUUUAGAUAUUUAGAUCUCAAUGCUUUUAAUUUGGCUAAUAUAAUAUGCUCAUUUUAUAUAUAAAAUUUCAUUCAUUAAUCUGUAAUUUUAAUCAAAUCUUUUUUAUAGAACAAUGUAAUUGAAAUGUUUUUAUACGUGACGUGCGAAAAAUAUUAUGUAGAUUUUUAUUCCUAAGUAUGACAACGCAAAGAUACCAAUUUGAAAGUACAACAAAGUAAUUAUUAGAGAUUAAAGUUAAAUACAUAUAAAUAUUUAGAAGUAUUUUAAAUCUAAUUACAUAUAAAUGUAUUUUGCUCAUUUAAUCCAUCUAAUAGUGUAAUAUAAAAAUGUAUCGUAACUCAUUUAAUCCGUCCAAAUAUUUAGUAUAAAAAUGUAUCGUCACUUUUAUAUUUUAAACGAUUUUUAUAAACUUACAUAUA